GUCGAAGGAUCUAGGGUUGGGCGAAAACGCGCAAUGUAAAACACUCGGUCUCGGGUGGCUGCAUGUAUCUGACGAACUUCACUUUAAUAUGCAAUUUAAACAUGACUGGACAAAACUUACAAAGCGCAUUAUUUUGUCUAGUGUAUCACAAAUAUAUGAUCCCCUAGGUUUACUAAGUCCUAGUAUCAUGACUGUGAAAGUUCUGUUGCAAAAGUUAUGGCUGCUGAAACUAGGUUGGGACGACCCGGUACCAGAAGAUGUUGUAUGUAUUUGGAAUCGAUUCGCAAGCAACUUAUCUGUAUUAUCUAGUUUGCGAGUGCCGCGUUACGUAACCUGCGACGAUCCGAUACAUACCGAGCUUCAUAUAUUUACCGAUGCGUCACAGACAGCUUACGGCGCGUGCGCAUACAUUCGCACUAUAACAGCUGAUGGCAAUGUAUGUGUGAGGUUAUUAUUCGCUAAAGGUAAAGUAACGCCAUUAAAGCCUGUAACUAUUCCGCGACUUGAGUUGUGCGGUGCAUUGUUGGGUGCUAAGCUCUUUCAUAAAGACCUUCAACCUCUUAGUCCUGCCCAUUUUCUGGUUGGUCGUCCGCUGACUUCUUCAUUAAGCGCUAACUUGGAGGAGACACCAGUACAUCGCCUGACACGUUACCAGAGGAUCGAGCAAAUCAAGCAGAAUUUCUGGAGGCGCUGGUCUAAGGAGUACGUCUCUGAGUUACAAACACGCAUGAAAUGGAGGACCCAGACGCAGGAUCUGAAGGAAGGCACGCUAGUGAUCAUCAAAGAUGACAAUUCUCCGCCGUUGAAAUGGCAACUCGGACGAGUCACGUCCAACAUCCCUGGGCGAGAUGGAAUCGCUAGAGUGGCGUGUAUACAGACGACAACCGGAGUCAUCAAGCGCGCUUAUGCAAAAAUCUGUCCGCUUCCACUCACUACAGCAGACACAUCCUAG